AUGGACAGGAUUUUCUGUGCCUUGCUGCUCUCUUUACAGCUCCUCCUGCAGAGCUACGACGUGUGCGGGGCCCCUCCGCAGCCCAGAGGCACCCUGUGCAGGACCAAGCCCACCGACCUGGUGUUCAUCAUCGACAGCUCGCGCAGCGUUCGCCCGCACGAGUUCGAGAAGAUCAAAGUCUUCGUGUCCCGGGUGAUUGAGGGGCUGGACGUGGGGCCCAACUCCACCAGGGUGGGCGUCAUCAACUACGCCAGCGCUGUCAAGAACGAGUUCUCCCUCAAGACCCACCACACCAAGGCCGGGCUCCUGCAGGCCGUGAGGAGGAUUGAGCCGCUCUCCACGGGCACCAUGACCGGCCUGGCCAUCCAGUUCGCCAUCAGCAGGGCCUUCAGCGACUCAGAAGGGGGCAGGGCGAGGUCUCCCAACUUUAACAAGGUGGCCAUCGUGGUGACUGAUGGGCGUCCCCAGGACGGGGUGCAGGACGUGGCCGCCCGGGCCAGGGCCGCUGGCAUCGAGAUCUUCGCCAUCGGGGUGGGCAGGGUGGACAUGCACACGCUGAGGCAGAUCGCCAGCCAGCCCCUGGACGACCACGUGGACUAUGUGGAGAGCUACAGUGUCAUUGAGAAGCUGACCCAGAAGUUUCAAGAAGCUUUCUGUGUGGUGUCUGACCUGUGUGCCACUGGAGACCACGACUGUGAGCAGAUCUGUGUGAGCACCCCAGGGGCCUACAAAUGUGCCUGCAAGGAGGGCUUCACCCUCAACAACGAUGGCAAGACCUGCAGUGCUUGCAGUGGUGGGCUGGGAUCUGCCCUGGAUCUUGUCUUCCUCAUCGAUGGCUCCAAGAGUGUGAGGCCUGAGAACUUCGAGCUGGUGAAGAAAUUCAUCAACCAAAUCGUGGACUCGCUGGAGGUGUCGGACAAGCAGGCCCAGGUUGGGCUGGUUCAGUACUCCAGCUCUGUCAGGCAGGAGUUUCCCCUGGGGCAGUUCAAGAACAAGAAGGACAUCAAAGCAGCAGUGAAGAAAAUGUCCUACAUGGAGAAAGGGACCAUGACAGGCCAAGCUCUGAAGUACCUCGUGGACAGCUCCUUUGCCAUCGUCAAUGGGGCCAGGCCGGGGGUGCCCAAGGUGGGCAUUGUGUUCACUGAUGGGAGGUCACAGGAUUAUAUCACAGAUGCUGCUAAAAAAGCCAAAGACUCAGGCUUUAGGAUGUUUGCUGUGGGGGUUGGCAACGCCGUGGAGGAUGAGCUGAGGGAAAUCGCCUCAGAACCAGUGGCUGAGCACUAUUUCUACACUGCUGACUUCAGAACCAUCAGCAAGAUCGGGAAGAAGCUCCAGAUGAAGAUCUGUGUUGAGGAAGAUCCCUGUGAAUGUAAAUCCAUCCUGAAGUUCCAGACCAAAGUUGAAGAUCUCAUCAAUUCCCUGCAGCAGAAAUUGGAAGCCGUGGCAAAAAGGAUCGAAGCCCUGGAGAACAAGAUCAUCUAA